GAAGAAAGCUUUCAAUUCGUCAUCCAUGAUGUAACUGCAGGAUCUCAAACCCUUGCUUGGACUCAGAACUUCUUGUUGUGAAGUCGCGCUUCUGUCUCUCCGCGAGAUUCGAACCUGAGACAUUCUGUGCAACAUCACCAAAGAUGCAUCACUGCUCAGAGUGUGGGAAAAGUUUUACUCAAAGUGGUCACUUAAAAAUUCACCAGUGCGUUCACACAGGAGAGAAGCCCUACGACUGCUCACAGUGUGGGAUAAGCUUUACAACAAUGAUUUUGCCUGGAAUCCAGCCAUAAUUCUUCAUACUGUAGGUCCCCCCAGAUUGGGAGCUACAAGACACCAAAAUACACAAAACAGUUUAAACAGAUAAUGUUAGCUAAGGUCUUAUGAUGGUGGUAAUGAACCAUUAAACUGACUGUCAACCAACAAUAGACUCAAAAGAAAAAAAAAAAAAAAAAACCUGCUGGGACAUGGAGUUUGAAGUGAAAGAGCGCUUCUUUGUCCACACAGUUUUGAAGCUCUGAUACUCUCCAGAACAUCACUAAAAUCUCCUGAUUCUUUACAGCUCUUAGAAUGAAACCCAGGAGAAGCUCUUUAGGAAAAUCUCCACACACUUUUGCUGAUACUGGAUCAAAGAUGUACCACUGCGCAGAUUGUGGAAAGGGUUUUACCCGAAAUAAUUCUCUCAAGAUGCACCAGCGCAUUCACACAGGAGAGAGGCCGUAUCACUGUAAACAGUGUGGGAAGAGUUUUACCCAAAACAUUCAUCUCCAAAAACACCAGCGCAUUCACACAGGAGAGAGGCCAUAUCACUGUGAACAGUGUGGGAAGAGUUUUGCGCAAGACAGUCAUCUCCAAAUACACCAGCGCCUUCACACAGGAGACAGGCCGUAUCACUGUGAACAGUGUGGGAAGAGUUGUACUACUCCGACUAAUCUCAAGUGGCACCAGCACAUUCACACAGGAGGAAAGCCGUAUCACUGUGAACAGUGUGGAAAGAGUUUUACCCAAGACAGUCAUCUGCAAAUACACCAGCGCAUCCACACAGGAGAGAGGCCGUAUCACUGUGGAGAGUGUGAGAAGAGUUUUACUUCUCAUACUGGUCUCAAGCAGCACCAGCGCUUUCACACAGGAGAGAGGCCGUAUCACUGUCAACAGUGUGGAAAAAGUUUUACUUCUCAUACUGGUCUCAAGCUGCACGAGCGCAUUCACACAGGAGAGAGGCCGUAUCACUGUGCAGAUUGUGGAAAGGGUUUUACCCAAAAUAGUGCUCUCAAAAGUCACCAGCGCAUUCACACAGGAGAGAGGCCGUAUCACUGUAAGCAGUGUGGUAAGAGUUUUACUUCACAGACUGGUCUCAAGCAGCACAAGCGCAUUCACACAGGAGAGACGCUGCAUCACUAUGAACAGUGUGGGAAGAGUUUUACUUCUGAGACUGGUCUCAAGCAGCACCAGCGCAUUCACGCAGAAGAGAGGCCGUACCACUGUGCAGAUUGUGGAAAGAGUUUUACCCAAAAUAGUUUUCUCAAAAUUCACCAGCGCAUUCACACAGGAGAGAGGCCGUAUCACUGUGAACAGUGUGGGAAGAGUUUUUAUUCUCAGAAUAUUUUCAAGCGGCACCAGCGCAUUCACACAGGAGAGAGGCCGUACCACUGUGCAGAUUGCGGAAAGGGUUUUACCCGAAAUAGUUCUCUCAAAAUUCACCAGCGCAUUCACACAGGAGAAAAGCCGUAUCACUGUAAACAGUGUGGGAAGAGUUUUUAUUCUCCGACUACUCUCAAGCAGCACCAGUGUAUUCACACAGGAGAGACGCCGUAUCACUGUGCACAGUGUGGAAAGAGUUUUACCCAAGACAGUCAUCUCCAAAUACACCAGCGCAUUCACACAGGAGAGAGGCCGUAUCACUGUGGAGAGUGUAAGAAGAGUUUUACUUCUCAGACUGGUCUCAAGCGGCACCAGCGCAUUCACACAGGAGAGAGGCCGUAUCACUGUGAACAGUGUGGGAAGAGUUUUACCCAAGACUGUCAUCUCCAAAUACACCAGCGCAUUCACACAGGAGAGAGGCCGUAUCACUGUGCAGAUUGUGGAAAGCGUUUUACCCAAAAUAGUUCUCUCAAAACUCACCAGCGCAUUCACACAGAAAAGCCGUAUCACUGUAAACAGUGUGGGAAGAGUUUUAAUUCUCCGACUACUCUCAAGCACCACCAGUGCAUUCACACAGGAGAGAGGCCGUAACACUGUAAACAAUGUGGGAAGAGUUUUACCCAAGACAGUCAUCUCCAAAUACACCACAGGAGAAAGGCGGCAUCACUGUGAACAGUGUGGGA